AUGGCAGGCCAGGACACUAGCAUCGCAAAGAGUAUAGCAUUGCUAACACACACACCUUUUAGACGAAUUUGGUGUCUCCCACGUUUCCACAUUCAGGACCUCUCCUACACCUUCGGCACCCCUGCCACUGCCAUGCGCCCGUCUCAACGGUCACUCCAACUCGCCAUUGCCAGCUUUGUCCUGAAGGUGAUGUCAGUCCUAGAGGGCAGAAAGGAAUUCCCUAUCUUUGGUGACGAGGGUCUGCUGGUUCAUAUCAGGGCUGCAGGGGCUAUGCCUUUGGUGCCAGAUAAUCUUAAUAAGAACAGGUGUAUUGCUCUGAGGCAAGGUCCUUCGCCAAGUGGUGACGAUGCGAAGCUUAAAGAACGAGAGUCCACACCGGGAGCAGCAUUGGCUUCGCACAGGGCCGUCGAGGAAAUCCACUCCUCAGCCGUCUUUACGACCAACUACCAAGCAAGUCGACCCACUGGCAGAUAA